AUAACCAAACUGGGUUGGGUAUCUCGUCAGAGUUCCAACUUUUUUAUUCGCUGAAGUUAGCUAACAUCGAUUCAAAAUGUGGUUAAAAAUCACACUUUUGGCUCUGGUUCUGGUCCAAGCCCAGGCCGAAACCAAACGUGAAUGUGGUAAAUGCGAGUCAGAAAAAUGUGUUCCACCAGGUGAGGAAUGUUUAGCUGGAUUGGUGAAGGAUUUAUGCGGCUGUUGCUACGUCUGCGGCCGGCGAGAGGGAGAGCUGUGCGAUGGGGACUCUCUACCCAUCCCGUACAGGAAUAGGGGCUAUGGGCCCUGCGGAGAGCACAUGGAAUGCCGUCCCCGCACGGAUUUGGCCCCCGGUGACCCACCCGAGGCCCAGUGCGUCUGUGUGAAGACCGAAGCCUUUUGUGGCAGUGAUGGAAAAACCUAUGACAAUGAAUGCAAACUGACCGAGGCUCGAUAUUCUCAAAGAAACGGGCUUCAAGCUGUCCAUAAAGGACCAUGUGUUAGCGCUCCCAAGAUCCUCACUCCACCUGAAGAUGUAUCUAAUACUACUGGCGGCCACGUCGCCAUGUCCUGCGAAGCUAUGGGUUGGCCCAUUCCGUCCAUCGAAUGGAGAGUGGACAGAGGACAAGGAGACACUAUACCUCUUCCUAGCGAUGACCCUAAAAUAGCCGUGCAAUCCCGUGGUGGUCCAAGCAAAUAUGAAAUAACCUCGUGGCUUCAGCUGCUGAAUCUCCAGCCCGAGGACGAUGCCACUUACUGGUGCAUUGCCAAGAACGAAGAAGGAGAAUCGUCUGCCGCUGCUAAAAUCAUUGUGCUCGAAUCGAAAGAAGCCUCUUCUUUGAGUGAAAAAAGUAACGAUUUGUAAAGACCGAGAAACAGACAACUGUGACUCAGUGCCUUCUACUGCCAUAUAUUCUUGUCUUGUGUGCUAAUAAUGUGAUAAUGAAACUGCUAGAAUCAUAGAUAACACAGUUUAUCACAAAAAGUGUGCCUAUUCUAUUUUUUUUU